UGCAUUCCUCUUUGUCUGUAACCAAAAAAAAAAAAAAAUCUGCUUCUCCCCCUCUCUCUCUCAUGUCUCAUCUUCCCUUUUAAGCUCUUGUUUAUUACUUCUUAUUUCAUUUCAUUCUCAAAUCCAGUCUCUCUAACUUGUCUUCCUUCGUCUCUUCUGUCCAUAUCUCUCUCACUUCCUCCUCCAGUUUACCCUAAUUCUAUUCUCUCUCUCUCUCGCGAGUUGAAAUUGAAGGUUUAAGAUCAUGAAGGAGCUUACCACUCUCCAAGCUACAACUUGAUACUGGUGCUAGGAAACUUGCUUGAAUUGAAACCGGAUAAGUGGUGUUCUCACAGCACUACUUAAUUUGAAUUUCCAAUCCCUCUCGUAAUUUCUCUCUUGUGAUUUCCCCUUUUGGUCUCCAAACUAGCAAACAAGAGUGAAACAAUAACCCCCAGAGAGCCAAAAGAGAAAAAAAGAGGAUGGAAUUUUCCAGUGAAGAAGGAGAGAUCCCAAUCCCAAUAAACAGUGCCACUUCUUAUGGAGGUGGUAAUAAUGGCCAUGGCCACCUGAUCCACCAUCAUCAUGAGCCUCCAAUCCAAGUCCCUCACCACAUGAUCUCUAAUUCCUCAGUACUACCAGUAGCCUCAGCGCCGCCCCAUAACAGCGGGGGAGGAGGAGGAGUAGCCGGUGGCAUGGAGGAGGAGGAGGAGGAGGAGGGUCAUCACCAGCAUGGGCCCUACAGCAGCAAGAAACUAGUGGUGAAGUACAGAGAAUGCUUGAAGAACCAUGCAGCUUCCAUGGGAGGAAAUGCCACAGAUGGAUGUGGAGAGUUCAUGCCUAGUGGAGAAGAAGGAACCCUUGAAGCUCUCACUUGCUCAGCCUGCCAAUGCCACAGAAACUUCCACAGAAAAGAAGUUGAGGGCCAUGAACAACAACAACAUGAUCAUCAUUUUCAUCAAUAUCUUCAUCAUCAUCACCACCACCUUCAAUAUCACAACACUACCAAUAAUCAUCCUUACAGGUUAGGUGGUAGGAAGCUCCUCCUUCCUCCUCCUCCUGAAACUCUUGCUGGCUACCCUACACCACCACCAGGUAACAUCCUACCUUCUAGAAUGGUCAUGCCCUACAAUGUCAUGGGGUCCCACCACUCAUCCCUCCCUUCAGACUUAUCUGAUGAGCAAGAAGAUCAUCAUCAUCAUGGGAUAAUGAGACCAUCCCACCAUCAUCAUCAGAACAAGAAGAGGUUCAGGACCAAGUUCACACAGGAGCAGAAGGAGAAGAUGCUGGACUUUGCUGAGAGAGUUGGGUGGAAGAUUCAGAAACAGGAAGAGUCUGUGGUGCAACAGUUUUGUCAAGAGAUUGGUGUGAAGAGAAGAGUGCUUAAGGUUUGGAUGCACAACAAUAAGCACAGCUCCGCCAAAAAGAUCAAUCCCACCGCUCCACCACCUCCUCUCACUGCUACUACACCAUCUUAAUUAUGAAAACUAUAACUAUUUCAUAAUCGUUAUUAUUAUUAUUGUUUUUAAUUAACUCUCUGGUUAUUUAAUUAUUAGCUAGUUAAAAGUGUUGACUUUCACUUCCUUCUUCAUGUUUAGUACCCUUCUUAUCAUUUAUCUCCGUGGGUCUGUCUUGAGUACUAUCUUUGCUCUAUAAAAUAAUAUAUCUUUGUACUGUGGGUUUAGUUUUACCAGAUUUCAUUAUUGGGUGAAGUUCCAUAGAUCAGUUCUGGGUGGUGGUGAUGCGAUGUUUCUUUUAAGCCAUUUUAUUUAGCGAAGACAGAUGGAUAAUGCAGCAAUGAGUCUAUAAGCUACGGCUAUACUAUUCUGUAUUAUGUUUUCCUUAAUUGAUACAACGAUACGGUUUUUCUUGGUUA